AUGGCGCUCCGACGGCCACAUCGAAAAUCAAGACAUGGGUGUCUGGAAUGUAAAAGACGACGAGUAAAGUGCGAUGAGGCCCGACCUACUUGCGCCAAUUGCGCAAAACGUCAUGCCGAGUGUGAAUAUGGUUCCUCCAGCUCCCUUCUGUGGGCAAAUGAAGAGUCCACUCCCACCCGGCAAUCAUUCCGCGCUUCCUCAGAUAGCGGCCACCAAACCGAUUCCGUACUGGGAUCUCCCACCGCUGCAUCAGCCUCAUUAGGAAUUCUAGGCAGAUUGAGCGGCGCAGAAUCGGCGGCUAUACCAGCCCCAACGCUCAAUCUCCAUGAUUUGGAACUGAUGAUGCAGUGGUGUAAUACGACCUACCUCACACUCUCCCGCGACGAGAGCACGGAUCAGAUUUGGCGGAAUGCCGUGCCCCAAGAGGGCCUUUCUCACCCUUUUUUAAUGCAUGGGAUCUUAGCUCUUGCCGCGCUUCAUCUAGCUCGGAUGGGCCCCGAUCCAUCCCGGCGCGCGGCACACCUCAAUCGCGCCGUCGCCCACCAGAACCAAGCGCUGGCGCUGUUCCGGGAGCUACUGGGUGACAUUCAGGAAUCGAACGCGAAGGCCAUGUUCGCGUUCGCGAGUAUCGUCGUCGUGUACACAUUCGGGUUUCCGAAUUGUCCAGAUGUGCAAGAUCAUUGGUCCUGCAUUGACGAUUUCCAUCAAGUUCUCGUUCUCACGCGUGGAAUCCAGCAGGUGAUUAGAUCGCCGACGAGCUUCUUAAUUGACAGCUCAUUCGCUCCAAUUUUCCAAGUCGACGAGGCUCGUGCUCCACUUCCCGAAGAAAUUACCGAUGUCUUGCGACAAUUACACGGAGCGAAUGAUGCGUGUGGGGCGCGCGAUCCGAACCACGAUACAAUUGUUUACAGCUCGACUAUUGAGAGCAUGGCGAGUAUGCUGGGUUGGGUCUACGCUGGGGUGACGGCUAGUUCGGUCGCGGGGCGCUGGGCUAUUCAGCUUCCCUCUCGCUUUUUGGAUUUGCUUCACGAGCGGGAACCCUUGGCGCUCGUCAUGUUAGUGCAUUAUGGCGUGCUAUUGCAGUAUCUAAAGCACCGCUGGUGCUUUGACGAGUGGUGUGUCAGGGUCGCUAAGGCCGUCUGGGCGAUCUUGGAUGAUCAGUGGAGACCAUUGGUUCAUUGGGCCAUGCGCGAGAUCCUCGGUCAAAAUUACUUGGAAAGAGUUGAGACGUCAUGA